ACCCCCGCGGCCCGCGCGUCCCGGACCAUGGACAGUGUGCGCGUGCGUGCGCCGUUUCAUUCUCUGCUGCCAGGAGACGCGCAUCUCUUUUAUCGCCGGUAGACUCUGAAUCAGCUCCAAAGAGCUUCAGUCUACUGGAUUUUUAUUUCACAAGUUGUCGGUUUUCAUCGAUUCACAGUGCCGACCACCGGCUGGCUGGGUUCCGUCAGGACAAAUAAAAUAAAAAACAGAGGAGACGCGAGGACCGACAGGGCGUAGCUGGAGGAAAAGCGCUUUAGAUUCGGUCAGUUGUAGCUGUCUGAUAGCAGUAGACUCCGACUUGUGGACUGAGUCCUGGGUUCCUGAUUCCUCUUCUGCUGAGACGGACUACCAGGACUAGGAAAAGAUGAAACCUGAUGGUGUUGACACAGCAACAAUGGAGCCAAUGGAAGCAUUAAAUGCAGGUCCUGCGAUUGAGGUGGCACCAGUAGGUGAAGCUCAAGACCAGGCUUUGCCCAGCAUGCAAACAGAAGGCGAACCACAGACAACAGAGGCACUUUCUGCAACCAACAAGACUGGAAAAGACAAGCCUGCCAACUCUAAAGCAAUGACAAAGGCUCCUGUGAAAACAAAGGCACCGACCACUGGUACCAAGGUGUCCACAACCAGCUCCCGUCCCACCACUGGCCAAAGCCGCUUGAUAAAUGGGACGCAGAAGCCACAAACUAAUGGCGUCACCAAAAAGACCACCACAGGAGGUCUGGAGAAGAAAAGCUCCUCAACCACUGCUGCCUCUAAAAAAACUACUGUCACUGCACCCACCACCAAGACUCCAACCAAGGUGGCAGAAAAGAAGCCCAUGGGGACGGCAAGACCUCCGAGUGCUUCAACUAAUGGAGUUAAGACAACAGGGACAGCGCAACCAAUCAAGAAAGCCCCUACUGCACCAGCUAAUGGUCUGAAAUCCAAGCCAAAAACUACAGCUCCAGCUCCAAGACCAGCCUCGGCAUCCACCACCAAGCCCAGCACUACUGAUUCUCCCAAACCUGUCUCGAAGACAACCAGGCCUGCUGGAUCUGCUUCCACUGCCCGGUCUUCCCCUGCCACUCCAAAGCUUGCGACAUCCACAACUGCCAGCAAGACAUCUACUUCAGCAUCAAGGCCAACUACUGCUACACCCAAGACACCAACUACCACUGCUAAACCCUCUCCUGCUAAAACCACAGCACCCCCUGCUGGCCGCACACCCACUCAGACUCCUAAGACCACUACACCUGUUAAGAAAGAUGCCAGCAAGCAGUCAUCUACCCCAGCAGCUAAGAAACCCUCUGCCUCUCCACUUACCCGACCAGCAGCAGCCAAGUCCACCAAACCCGACACGCCCAAGUCAGCCACUCCUGCCAAGCCAGAAUCGGCCUCCAAGAAACCUACAACCCCCAGCAAGACGGCAGAUCCCAAGACUAGUAAACCCAAGGAGAGCAAGGCAACACCUUCUAAGGAGGUCAGCGCAAGCCACAAGACCACAGGCAGCAAGACCAGCACUAAAACAAGCAGUCCAAAGAAGGCAGUUGGCAGCAGCACUCCAAUGCCAGUGAAGCGUGGCCCUAAAGCUACCCAGCCUGCAGAUGCUGCAGCCACAGAGGGAGAGAGGGAUGAUGUGGCAACCACUGUGGCUGUAGCUGCAGCUGCCACUGUAGCCGCCACUGCAGCUGCUGUUGUUGCUACCAUGGCGACCUCAGAGGAAACACAUGAAGGCUCAGCUGCACCUGUUCUUUCUGCUGCCUCCGAGGAGUCAUGUGAAGACUUGCAUACACCUGACAUUCCUGCUGCCUCGGAGGUUAAAUCUGAAGACUCAUUUACAUCGCAUAGUCCUCCUGCCUCCAAGGAGAUAUUUGAAGAAACAGUUCCACCAGUCAUUUCUCCUGCCUUUGAAGAUGCAUCUGAAGACAAAGGUUUACCUGUCAUUCCUCCUACUUUUGAUGAGAUACCUGAUGAAACACUUACACCUGUCAUUCCUCCUUUAUCUGAGGAUGCAAUUGAAGACACAGCUGCACCUGUUAUUCUGCCUACCUUUAAUCAGGCACCUGAAGAAAUAGUUACAUCUGUCAUUGCUUCUGCCUUUGAUAAGGCAGUUGAAGACAAAGUUACACCUGUCAUUCCUUCUGCCUCUGAAGAGGUCCCAGAAGAUAAAGUUACACCUGUAAUUCAUCCUACCUUUGAGGAAGCACCUGAAGAAAUGGUUACACCUGUCAUUUCUCCUACUUCUGAGGAGGUGGAGCUUGUCUAUCCCCAGGACCCUCAGAGCAUGGACUUUUAUAAAGAUGACAAUAUCAUGUCCCAGCUGGCUGCACAAGUGGACCUGGUCAGUCUGGAGGAACCAGUGCCUACUGUGUCUCCCCUGGGCACCACGGUAUUGUCCCCUCCAUCCUCUCCCACUGGGCCAAUGUCCAUGUCAGCCAAGCUUCAGAGCUCAGCUCCCUUUCUGGGCUUGCAGGAUCCAGCAGAACCCUGGGCUCAGAGCACGACACUGUUCCCCAGCACUGCUACCCCAGAGAGCCAUGAGCAGGAUGAGGAAACAGUGCUGGAUGAUAUACAGAUGUCAUCCUCCACAGCAGAGAAACUGAUGGGAGACUUUGAUCUGCUGAGCUCCACUAGUGCAGAUCCCUUCAGAUGUUCAACUUCUGUCUCCACCUGUCAGGAGAGAGAGGAAGCGGUGGAGAAAGCUGAAGAAGAGAUUAAUGAAGACAUUCAUGAUGAUGAUGAUGAUGAUGAUGAUGAUGAUGAUGAUGAGGAGGAGGAGGAGGAGGAGGAAGAUGAUGAGGAAGAAGAGGAGGAGAAGGAUGAAGUAAGGGAGAUUGGCAUAGAGCAAGCAAUACCCCAUAAAGAGCUGGAGGAUGAUUUUACAAAAGGAGUGGCAGAUUUUGGCAGCUCUGAUUGGGGUAUGACGCAGUCAGAUGACAUACACAGUGGUUACAAACUUGAUGAAGAAGUGACAUCUCCCUUCAAUGCAGAAAACAACUGCAGUGCUAAAGGUGACUUCUUCAUGAGCGAAGCAGAAAGGGAACAGCCAUUCACAGGGCCUCCAGGAAUCAAGUCAUUCAGCGAAGAGGAGGAUGAGGAAGAAGAUGAGGAUAAAGAAGAAGAGCAUGAGAAGGAAGACAUGGAUGUGGGCUCAGAACAUGGUGAGCAUCACACACAACAGAAAGAAGUAGAGGAGAAGGAAGAAGAUGUGGAGAUGGUCAGUGGAGGCAUGGCUGAGAGUGAACUUGGGGUUUGUGUAAAUGAUGAUGAUGAUGAUGGUGUUGAUGAUGACGAUGUUGGUGGUGAUGAUUACACAGAGGAGGGGCAUCUGGGUCUGAACUACAUGAGCCAAACUGCACCAGAACCAUCUAUGACUAUGACAGAAGCCUGGAGUCAUUCCAGUCCAUUCUCGGAUCCCUGGGCACAGCCUGCUUCCAUCCUGUCUGAAUCAAGCUUGUUGGACAUGAGAGUAGCAGAUUCGGACACCCACACCAAACUGUCAACUGAUCCGGACACAACCACCAAAUUUUCAGCUGAUCCAGACACCCCCCCAAAAUCUCCAGCAGGGUCUUUUCUGGAAAUGAGUCCACCCAUGAUUCAGGCCUCAGAACCUCAACAUGGCAUUCAAGAGGAGACAGAGAGCUCAGUCCCAGCAGAGUCAGGCAUCUUGGUGGCACCUGCCAUCGGAAUGUCCCAAUCCAGCACUCUCAGUGGGACGGCCCUGGCUGCCCACAGCAGCAGUGAGACCAGCACACCAGAGGAGCUUCAAGACUACGACAGCAGCUCAGGGGUAGAGUCCCGGUCGGACAAGCAGCAGACGCCAGUCCCUACCAUGCAGACAGACAUGGAGCAGGACCUUGGUAUCCACCUUGAGCGUGGCGAUGGGGAGGAGGAAGAGGCGGAAACACUGCCUGCAGAUGAGGUGCUGGGUGAUGCUACAACAGCACCAGCCUCUGUUCCAUCCUCACCCUCAACUUCUGGUGAUGAGGCCAGUGAUACAGAGGGUGAGAUGCAGAUCAAUGACCCUGAUAUUGCGGCUGACGAGAGCACUACCGUCUCCCACAACCUUGCUGCCCUGGAGGAAGAUGAGGAGGCCCCUCAGCACAUUGGAGAGGAAGAUGGUGAUACUCCUCAGUCGGCCAACUCUGUGGCUUCCUAUGGUUUUGACUGCUCUGCAUCUAACUCCAAUGCCCACUCUACAGCUGAGAGCUGUGGAAAGAGUCCAGGUAUCUUUAGCCUGGAAAAUGAGGAGCAGCUUCCAGAAGAGGCCAAGGAUCCCUUUUUCAUCAAGGAGCUCACCCUGCCAGCAGCUUCUGCCUACAGCGAUGACUUGUUGGGCUGCCCAGUGGAUUUGCUGCCAAUCAGUGAGCCCAAAGAGAGCAAUGCCGGCUUUGACGAGCACUACAUGUUGUGCAGGAAGACAGAUCCAAGUGCUAUGGAGGAGGUGGAUCCUGAGUCCCCCAUGCAUCUCUCACCCCAACAUGGGGACGAUGCAGAUGGCCAACCACCCUACUACUCUGCUAUAUGUGAUAAGACUGAUAACUUUCUGGCAGGUAACGUAUAAAGCCCCUCCUUUGGAAUGCACCUUGUCUACCCCAAACCCACGACCAACCCUCUGUUCUUCGUUUCUUCCAAAUGUGGGGUUAGCAAGAAGCAAAAUUAAUAGUAAUAAAUAAUGAAAGGGGGAAGAAAGAAGGGGAGCUGUCAGGUGAGGGAUUAUUGCUAUGUCUGAGCUGCUCUCUGAUCUGAUUACCAUGGCCAUGGUUAUGAUUGUAUGGCUUAAAAUUCUGUAUGUACAGUAGUUAUUCUCAUUUUCUAUUAGAAUGUACUUUUUAAAUAACACUGUGUUUCACAGCACCCCUGAACCUGCAAUGUUAGAAUAAGUUAAGAUGAAAUCCUUUAAUGAAUGGAGAGAGAAAAAGAGGAAAGAAAAAAAGAAACGUGAUGGAAUCAACCUAGCUUUGUAUUUAUCCUACUGUUUUUACCGAUCAAAUGUCAAGUCUUUUUAUACUUUGUUUUUUUUAUUGUUUUUAUUUGAUUUGUUGUUAAUAUCCCUGUCUUACCUUAAUGUUUGUACACACAUCAGUUUUCCUGCACUGUAAAGCUAGCUUUAUUGUAAUUUUAAACUUGUUGCCGUGCCCAGCACUAACUGUUUUAGCAUUAAAUACAAGUUAGAUAUUCUACAGAAGCUUUUCACUCAAGUGUUUGACAUAGGGAGGUGAAUAACUGUUAGAUGGCAAAUCAUACUUUUUGUUGUGUUUUAGUUUUGGGCUAACUUUCAAGAACUGCUGAACAUUUUUGUGAAGGAUAACAUAAAUUUCCAUUGGCACGUAACAAAUGUUUUAAAGUACUGGGCUCAGAUUGAUCUGGAUUUUUUCAUUUGAAGUAGUCGGACUUUUGUACUUCAGAACAGACUAACCAUUUCUGUUUAUGGAAAUUAAAGAGUGUUUUCCUGAAUUUGAAUAUCUUAAAAUAAUGCUCACAGGUCAAUGUAAUGUGGGUACUGGGACAUUUGAACAAGAAUUGGAACUGCAUGUGCAACUAAUUAAGAAGUUGUUAUUAUCUUGAUAUAAUUCCAGACAUACAAUCUAGGGACAUUAAUGAUUCUCAAUAACUUUAAGGUGAUUUCAAAAUUCCAUUAAACAUCAUUCAAGACUGUC